AUGAGCACUUGGGCGGAUUCAAAUGGCCCACCUCGUAAGAGGAUGCGGAAGGGGACCAAGAGCUGCAUCGAAUGUCGCCGCCGGAAGAUCCGCUGUACUUACACCGCUGAUCACCCUGACGUUUGCAAUGAAUGCCGCCUGCGAGGCUCGAAAUGUAUUGACCAGGAGCAUCAUGAUGAUGACAUAAGCAUGCAGCCUGGUUCAGGGCAAGGAGAGCAACGCUAUAGUCUCCGGGAGCGUGUGGCCCACUUGGAGAAUGUUGUGCAAGGAUUGGUUAAACGAUUGGACCAACAAAGCACUGCUUCUAGCUCCCCUGCUGGGAAUCUCUCAGCCACAGAUAUGACUCCUGUUUUGGUUGAGUCGGACAAACUUGGCCCUUCUAGCAUCCAGAUUCAGAACGCCCCAGUUCUGCAACUCUUUGAUAACUAUCUCCUCAGUCGCCAAGAAGACCCAUCCAGUAAUGAUCAAUUCACCGGGGUUAAAGACAUGUCACCCAAAGCUCGAGCCGUCCGAGCCGAGCUUUUAUCCUUACUUCCUCCACAGAAAGAUGUUUGGAAGAUUAUAAAUGAAGGCUCAAAACUUUGGUGUGUUUGGGAAGAAAGCUUCCCUGAAAUCCAAUUCAUCAUGAGUCGGAAAUUGGAAUCCUGCGAAGGCCGCGUGGCCCCGGCCGACAUAGGAAAGGCCCUCGUCUGCCUUUCCAUGAGUGUGAUCCAAUCCCCGCCGGACUUCGAUUUCGACAGUUUGAAUGUACCAAUCGACCCCGAAGAGUUCACGAGCCGUUUAACAGGAACCGUGGACCGCCUGGUAGUCCGUGAUGACGAUUUCGCCGCAACACUCCCGGGAAUCGAAUGCCAAAUGCUCCUGGCCAAAUUCCAUCUUAACGAAGGCCGUCUUCGCAAGGCGUGGUUGGUGACCCGCAGAGCCAUUGAAUUUGCGCAUUUAGCCGGAAUGCAUCUGUCAACUCGAACGCCUCGUCCAAAGGACACACUUUUCGAGCGACGAUUGAAAAUUUGGUGCACCCUGAAUUGCUCGGAUCGAUCGCUCAGUCUUAUUCUUGGACUGCCAUACGGGGUCUCUGAAGCAUACUUCUUACCUCAGGUUGAACAUCGGCAAAAGAUGGGCAGCAUGAAGUCUCCAGCAGAAAAGUAUCUACUACGUAUUGGUGUCAUUUGCGGACAUAUGGUCGACCGCAAUCAAAAUCCAUCCGAGAUGUGUCUUGAGUACACACUGGAGCUCGACAAAGAGCUUGAGGAGGCAUGGAACGCUAUGCCGAGUAGCUUCUUUGGCAUCGAACUUGGCCCGGGUGAAGCAAAUGAACAAUUUUAUGAACGAGUUCCUCUGCAGUUCAUGCCAAAAGUGCUGCGAGCUCUUCUACAUCUACCAUUCAUGCUGAAGUAUCCUCUUGAUCCGCGUUUUGCUUACUCUCAUCGAAUGGCCAUCCAAUCUGCGCGAGAGGGACUCGUCCUCUAUAAGGUACUGCGAGCUAUCACGCGAUCUUAUCUUUGCAAGAUGAUUGAUUUCCUGGCUUUCACAAUGGGAAUGAUUCUUAUCGUCCAUCUGCAUGGCUAUUCCGACGAAUCUCCAGAGUAUAGCCAAGAACAAGACGAAGAAGACUGGAAAUUAGUUGGUGAUGUUGUUGAGAUUCUUCACCAAGCGAAAAACGAAAAAGGCGGCUCUGUGGCCGCAGAGUCCGCCAACAUUCUUGGUGAAAUCUUCCGAACGAGAUCGGAAAAGAGAGAAUGGACGAGCUUGGCGACCUGCCAGAUCACGGUGCCCUACUUUGGGACCAUUACCGUGGGUGCCGGAGCUAAGUUUUCGAGGCUGCAGAACAAUCUUCGAAAAGAGCAACAUGAUGGCAUUACAAACGGUCAAUCAUCAGAACCCCAGCCAAACAAACACUCGCCAAAUCAGCUGUAUACCCCCCCACUUUCUGAUCUCGAAGGUGUGUCUGACACACAGUCGAGCACUGUUGUUGGCAAACCUCCGAUCUCCAGUGCAAAUGGAACAGAUCCUCCUCUACAAGCGCUACCGGGCGACAUAAUGUCAACAUCGGCAUUUGCAGGUCCGGAAAUAAACGCAUUUACCGGACUGUUUGAUGAUUUUGGUCAGUUUACGUGGCCGGCUCCGAAUAUCGACCUCGGCCUUGAUCAUGGCUGGAACCUGAACUGGUUUGAAUAG